CCCAGAUGGUCACCAUGGGCCAGUGCUACUACAAUGAGACCAUCGGCUUCUUCUACAACAACAGCGGCAAGGAGCUCAGCUCCCACUGGCGGCCCAAAGAUGUGGUUGUGGUGGCACUGGGGCUGACUGUCAGCGUGCUGGUGCUGCUGACCAACCUGCUGGUCAUCGCGGCCAUCGCCUCCAACCGUCGCUUCCACCAGCCCAUUUACUACCUGCUUGGCAACCUGGCCGCAGCUGACCUCUUUGCCGGUGUAGCCUACCUCUUCCUCAUGUUCCACACAGGCCCGCGCACAGCCCGGCUCUCACUUCAGGGCUGGUUCUUGCGGCAGGGCCUGUUGGACACGAGCUUGACGGCGUCCGUGGCCACACUCCUGGCCAUCGCCGUGGAGCGGCACCGCAGUGUGAUGGCUGUGCAGCUGCACAGCCGCCUGCCCCGAGGCCGGGUCAUCAUGCUCAUCGUGGGCGUGUGGGUGGCCGCGCUGGGCCUGGGGCUGCUGCCCGCCCACUCCUGGCACUGCCUCUGCGCCCUGGACUGCUGCUCGCGCAUGGCCCCCCUGCUCAGCCGCUCCUACCUGGCCGUCUGGGCCCUGUCCAGCCUGCUCGUCUUCCUGCUCAUGGUGGCUGUCUACACUCGCAUUUUCUUCUAUGUGAGGCGGCGGGUGCAGCGCAUGGCAGAGCAUGUCAGCUGCCACCCCCACUACCGUGAAACCACGCUCAGCCUGGUCAAGACUGUUGUCAUCAUCCUGGGGGCGUUUGUGGUCUGCUGGACACCGGGCCAGGUGGUGCUGCUUCUGGAUGGUCUGGGCUGCAAGUCCUGCAACGUCCUGGCUGUGGAGAAAUAUUUCCUACUCUUAGCUGAGGCCAACUCGCUGGUCAACGCCGUGGUGUACUCAUGCCGAGAUGCUGAGAUGCGCCGCACCUUCCGCCACCUCCUCUGCUGUCUGUGCCUUCGCCGGUCCACCCACAAGUCUGUUCGCUACACACCCUCCACCCAGACAGGCCCUAGCACUCGCAUCAUGCUUCCUGAGAAUGACCAUUCCCUGAUGGACUCCACCCUUUAGCUAACCUUGGACUUCAGCAGGGUACAGCAAAUGCCAGAGCUCUGCCCCUGGCCACUUGUGGGUGCGCCCGGCUCUACCCAAUCUGCGGGCCAGACUUAAAGGCAGACCCUCAGUCUGGCUUGGCAUGAAACCACUGCCAGCCCUACCCAGGCAGACAACUGUGCCCAUCUCAGGGCCUGUAGGUUGGGGUCAUCUAAGCACCUGGGAGAGAGUUGAACGGGGUGCAGGAAUCUGGCCCUUCAGUCAUCUCAGGUUGCAGGGCUUUUUAACGGACACUUUUCUGUUUUUACUGCACAUGCCUGGCAAGCCCUGUGGACUGCUUCCUCGUCCACGGUGGCGUGGGUAAUAAAGGUGGGAGAGAUGAGGGCCCCCUCAGGCCACGCUGCCCAGUGCAACAGGGUAACAAGGAUGGACCAUGGGCGCCCCAUCUGCCUGAGGCUGAUUGUUUAGGCCACAGACUGAGGAGUGCUGAGCAUGAGCUGGGAAAGGUUUAUGGCCUCUGGCAGCCUCCAGUGGUCUUACAUAUCCCCACAAGAAUUAAGGGGGUCUACAAGGAGGGGGUCUGUAAAGAGUAAACCUUUCCGCUCCGAGGUCUCCAAAGCCUUUUCUGUUGUCAGCUUAUCUGUCUGUCCCUAUGUCCCAGAAUUGUCCACCUCAGCUCAGGCUGAGCUGGGAUCCUUCAACGUGGCAUCUCCUGGGCCCUGUUCCCAUUCCCCUUUGGUCUCUGCAUGGCUGUUGCUCCGUCUCUCUUCUUGUUCCCUUUUGCCUCUGUCUCCUCCACCUCUUUCCCUGCCUUCAUCUUGCCACCUGCCUCUCUGUCUCCGUUCUCUGGAGCCCAGAGUAGUCUGUGGCCUGUGUGAGGCUUCUCUCACCUGCCUGCCCCCUUGUCUGAGUCCAGAUUGUUAAUAGUCAGGUGUGUCCAUCCCACUGUCCACUCCAUCACCUACGUGCACACCUGUGGGCUUGGGGUAGUGGGGUCCAUGGACCAGAAUGCAGGAUUUUAGAGUUGCCAUUUCUCAAGCUUCUCUGAUGUGCCUGGCACACUGAUAAGCGUUUUAGGUGCAUUAUUUAAUCACCACCUGCAUCUUGUGGCAUAGGUAUUAUAUAUAUUUUCAUGUGAGGACAGUGGCUCAGAGAGAUCGAAAUUUGGCCUGUGGUUACAUAGUUUCAAAAGGGCACAGAGAUACAUCGAGGGACUAGAGAGGCCCCUGAGGAAAGGACUUCGGAUUUCCACAAAGUCCGGAGUUGGUCACAAGCUCAGCCUGGCUUUCCCCACUUCACCCUGUGGUCUCAAAUGUGCCAGACCCAUGAUGAGUCCCCUCUCAGAUACACAGAGGCACUGUGCUAGACACGGCGUAAACCAGGCUCUGGAUUCUCUCUGCUUACACACCUAGCCAGAUUUUGAACCCAGGCCUCCCAUCAGAGGCUGAAUUCUUAAACUACUAAAGCAUGCAUUGCCAAAGAACCAAAAAUGUGUAGAUCCUUCUACAUUAACUGGGGCUGAGUUUCCCUUUGGGAAAAUUCUCCCUGCCCUACAACAGCUCUGUGAGGAGGCAAGAACAAACUGGGGUGUCAGGUACUACUCCAGGGUCCAAGGUAGGCAGUGUGGCUCCUUGAGCCUGGGGCCUGAAUCUCAGAAGUGAUGACCUAGGCCAGCACCCAGCCACGUGGAUGGGGACAUAGUCCUUGUCUCCAGGGAGCUCUAGGCCUUUUGGACAAAAGUAUCACUUUGGGUGCCAAGGCAGCCAGCCGUUCCUAUGGGGUGGGAACCCCUGAUGGUCUCCAAAGGUAGCUCUGUUUCACCUGCUCUGAGCUGGCUGCUCUUGCAUCAGCAUCUUCCAGGUUCUAACCCACACUCUUCUGGUCUCCUUCGGGAUCUUGUCCCAUCAGUUUUUCCCUCUCUGUAGGUCUCUCCUCUCCACCAGGUGACUUAAGGUUUUUGUCUCAGAUGGUCCCUGAAGCUCUCAACCCAUCCCCCCCCCACUGUUCUCUGAAGGAUGCCAAAGUUACCCACUACUUUUCAGAUUUCCUGUGUGGUGCUGCACUAGUGGCUGACCUUUUGUACAGGGUACCAGCUCUCCAUAGUCCCCACAUGUUCUAGUACUUCCUGUUACUGGGGCCAAGUGUCAGGUUUCCUUCAUCAAGGAGCUUUCCAGGUUGUUCUUACACUAGUCUACAUCAUUCAUUUCCAUUCCCUUUGGAGUGCCCGAAUCUAAUCAGACCAGUUGGUGUUUGCAUUUCCUCUCCAGCAGCAAUGCGAAGAAGAUGGGCCCUGUCCUGAAGGGUUCCCAGGAGGUUGAGGUCCCUUUAUGAGCCUCGUCUGGGGUCUGUCCCCAUUGCAAACAGGCUCUAGGAGGUCCCAUGACUUUGGAGAAGUGAUUUAUGUCCGAGAAUAAAUCCUUUUCUCUCGCACAAGAAUCCUCUGAUGCCAGGAGUCCUAACAGCUAGAAACAAAGGCCUGUGAAGAUUCGCUCUGAUUUGGGGGUGCAUCACAGGGUAGGUCCUCAGAAAGCAUCCUUCACGUGCUAGCAGAAUGCUGUAGAGCAAAAGAAUGAAUAAAGCAAGGUCACUCUUAAUAAGCUGGACCUUGAAAGGUGAAUAGAAGUGAUUUCUGCAACUGAGAAAAUCACUCAGUUUUGACCUUCCAACCACCAUCACCACACGUACCUGUACCCCCUAUGGAAUAUUAGAGGUGGGGGGAGGGGGAACUGGGAGGCCGGGAGCCCAAGUGACCCACCUACUGGCACUGAGGCUGAGGGGAGCAGGGGUCUGGGGCUCCGGGCUUCUGGAGAUGAAUGGGGGUAGGGGUGUUGAUGGGGUUCUGAGAGGCUAGGGAGGGUCUGAGAAGCAAGGGGUGGCUUGGAGGAAGAGUGCAGUGCUCUGAGAAGUUAAGACUCUGAGAUGUGUAGGUCCCUGAGGAGUGGGAUGCUCUGAGACAUGGGAGCCUAUGAGGAAGAGUGGGGGCUGGGGGGGGAUUGGCUCUAAGAAGUGAGGUCCCUGAGGAGUGGGGACUCUUGAGGAGAUGUGCGGGCUCUGAGAAGGGAGCGCUCUAAGGACGUGUGCGGUGUAAAGUGUCUCAGAGUAGGAAUGGUUGAGGGAGGUGGAGAUGUGGGAGAUGGGGUUUCUGAAGCAGAGCAAAGCCGGCCUUGCCCUCUCCGGCUGGAGGAGGGUAGGGGUAGAAAGCGCCGUUGCCUCAGCAACCCCCAACAGAGUCCUAGGCCGAUAGGAGGGGCUUUUAGGGGCCUGCCUGUGGGCGAGGCGCGGCGGCGGUUGGCUGACGGAGAUAGUAGGGCGUGUCCCUGGGCGGGGCGCGGUCGCCUGGCUGGCGGCGGUUGGCCGUAGGCGGAGGGGGGCGGGGCCCGAGGGCGCGCGUGGUGCGCGCAUAGACGGCGGCGGUUGGCUACGACGUCCGCGCGAGCUCUCCAGGCUCGGCUGCUCCUUGGUUGAGCGCCCGCCAGGCCUCGGCGCGCCUGGACACCCCGUGCUGCCGCCCCUCUGACCCGCGCCGCUCACCGCCCCGGCCCCCACCGGGCUCCGACACGGACGACGUCCUGCAGAUCAUGGCCAUCACCGACCAGAGCCUGGACGAGGCGCAAGCCAGGUGCUGGCGCGGACUCGGCGGGGGCCACCCAAAGUCGCUUCAGUGAAGGAGGCGGGCCGAGGGGGCCAGGGCCGGGGCGGCUGGGGGCGUGAGGGGUGAGGAGGGUGCAGGGUGAGAGAUGGGGUGGUGAGUCUGGGCGGAGAGGGAGAGGGCAGAUCGGGGGCGGGGGGUUUGAGGAGGACUGAAGGGGGGUUCUGAGGCCGAAGGGAAUGGAACGGAUUGAAAGGGGGCUUAUGGCGCUAAGCUGUGGGUGCUGGGUUUUAGGAGCUCAUCUUGGGGUGAGAGGGAUGGGUUUAAGGGGAGUUUGUGGAUGGAGAGGUUUAUGGUGAAAGGUGGUUUCAGGGUUUAUGGAUGUAAGGGGGAAGAGGAGUGUUGGGGGGGUGUAAGGGCUGAGAGAUGGGUGCACACGGGAUUUGUGAAGGAUGGACAACUAAAUGGAUCAGUGGUAUGUAUGAGGAUGGGAAGUUCUGGGGGCAGGUAAUGGAGAAUGAGUUGUGGGAAAUGGGACUCGGGAAUGAAGAGAUGGUGUGAUUUGAUUCGGGAAGCAUCCAGAAAAAAGGUUAGUGGGGGAGCUGGAGGGGGACAGAGGACUCCCUUUUUUAUUAAUUUGGCGAAUGUUUAUUAGACACUAUGUGCGGGGCACGGAGCUGGGUGCUGACGUCACUGAUCUCAAGCUCAUGGUUUGAGGGAGAGAAAGUAAGUAGCAAAACUAAGUAUAAGUUGCGCUAAAAGCUGUAAGUAAAGAGAUGGCAAGCUGUGGGAAGCCAGGAGAGGGCACAGCACCUUUAGAGGCCCGAAGGUGGGAAAGGGCAGGAAGAAUGCAGAGCCAGGGACUGAAAGUCCCCAGUACAGCAGAGAGAGUCUGGAACCAGGAUCACAUGGGGCCAAGUUUCAGGAAAGGGUUUGGCUUUUAUUUCAGUUGCAGUGGGAAAAUCACAGUGGUUUUAAGACCACCUGUCCCACUUAACCUCCACCCACCACUUGCCAGUGAGCCAGGAUUGGUAAAAUGUGCUUCACAAGUCAGCCCAUUGUGUUUGGGGCCUGCCUGAAUUGUUAGAAGGUAGCAAAGCACAGAAUGACAUCCUUUUGGAGGAUGAGGUCUUGUUGAAUGGGACUUGUUUGGGGGUAAGGGACGGUCCCUGUGGAUGGGACCAGGGUGUAGUGGUGUGGACUGUGCAGUGCCUAGAACCUUCUAGUGAGGAGGGGUUACAAAGCCAGGUGAACAGCCGCCCCAGGAAAGGAGGAGGCAAGUAAACGGUGGAUAUGGCAGGCAUUUAUUCCUCAAACUUUCUUGCCUUUGCUUCUUGUGGAAUGUCGACUCUUUCCACAGUUUCAUGGCCUCUAUCUGGAAAGUUAAGAGUGUCACACACACAUAACCCCACUGCACACCACUGGAGCAUUGUGCUAGGUGCUCCAGAAACCAAGAUGGCCAAGAUGUUCUCUGCCCUUUCAGGGCUCAUUCAGAAGGAAGGUGUGUGGGAGACUUAACUCAUAAACAGUCAUCAUAACAGGAGUGUGCUGAGUAGAGGUAAUUCCUGGCACAAAAGAGCUGGGCCAGGAGAGGGUGACCUUCUGUGAUGCCUUCUCCGCUAAGCCAGUGUGAGAGCAAGGGCAUUGUUGUACUUUUCCUUUGUAUUCCCAGGGCUGUGCAGAGUGCCUGGCACCUGGCGUUCAGUAAAGUUUUGUGGCACUUAGAUUCUGGAAGGGUUGGUAGGAGCUAGGGAAGGGGGAAAACGGGCUCUUCACACCCAGGAACCACAGAAGCAGUGCUUUGGGUGCGUGUGGAGCUACCUGUGUUCCUUCUGUUCUAGGCCAGGAGCUGCUUAAGGAGCGAACUCUGCUCAGAUGUGGCCUUCCUCAGGCGUGUGUCACCCUGCACUGCCCCAAGGCUGCUACUUUUUUCUUGUAACAAUCUCUUGAGAUUCUAGACUCCCCUAGGUAGGCUUAGAAUGGAAUGCAGUCAGUCACCUCUUCUUGCUGUUCUCAAAGAGAGUCGUUUUUCUUUUAAGGCUAAGAAACUGAACAGGGGGUCAUUACACUUGCCUUACAACGUAGCUGUUAGGUAGCUGAUUCCUGGUUUCUUCCUGAGGUAGAAAGAUCCCCGGAGCUUUUAUUUUGAGACUUUGGAAGCUUCACAUCUGCCCCACUCCUUGCAUAGCCUUUAGAUAAAUUCAAGGCCCUAAAAGUCACCCAAGUCCAGACACCAGUCUUCAGUCCUCAAGUGGGCGGGCCACUUACUCCACUCUGGAGAAAACACAGCUUGGGUGGGUCUUUUCCUCAUAGUAAACCUUGCUGCCUGGUAGAUUAUCAGCUUGGGCAGGGAAGCAGAUUGUGUCUUUCCUGAUCAGCCAACUGGGUGAGGCCUUUGGCUUCCCUGGCCUUUGGCUUCACUUCAACUGGUGAGGUCUUUCUGACCCUGCCCUCUCUCUGAAACAAGAGAGAACGGUUUCAUCUCUGUGCGCUGCCAACCUCUUAAGAGCCCCUGGAGUCAAUUUAGCUCAGCUGGCUAGCAAGAAAAGAAUUUUUCAUCUCAGAUUUGAGGCCUUCUCAACCUGCUUUGUCACCGUGUGCUUAAAGAAGGGAAGCACACCUACUCUCCUUAAACCUGGAUUCCUUCUUACACCUUUCUACGUUAUUAGGAAGGCAGCUCCACAUACUUGGGUGUAAUUCAUUUUGUUAUUAUAGCUGAAUAGUCUUCAAAUAGUGAACUGUGUAUUGUUCUUCCUUCUGGCUACACAGAUAGUAGAGGGACACUGGGGAGUUUGGAAUGCACUGUCUUGGUUGAAAUUCAGCCCACGUCAGCUGGAAAUUUCCUGUGUGAUAGGUAACUAGUCUUCUUGAAUGAUCUUCUGAACUUCUUUGGUGACACCCUGAGCUUUUCCUAGAGAGGGACAGUUUUUGUGUUUUCUGAGUUGCAUCUUUCACUGAUCACGUUCUCAUUCAUUUCUUACAUGGGACCGGGAAGGCAGGAAAUUUUCUCUCGUUUGCCAAGGAUUUUCUGAGUAUGUCACUCUAUCAUGUGUAGCCUUAGUUUUUAUAAUAAUAAAUUUUACAACAUGUUGAAGUUUAUGUAGAUUUGUUUCCUUUGCUUCCUUUGAAUACCUUUAUGAAGGGUUUAUAAGGUUAUCAGACUAGGGUUGAGGGCUCCUCUGUCAGGACUCAGAUUCCAAAGUUCUUCCCCCUCCCAUAGUUGUUAACCAGUGUUUGAAUCAUCGACCCCUUUGAAAAUCUGGUGCAAUCUCUGGGUCCCCUCCUAACCAUGCCCCCUGACAGUGUGCUUGUGUACCACACCUUUGAGAAUCCUCAGGCCUCAGGUGUCCUGGGGCCUGGAAGCUGCCCUUCGUCAGUGGUGGACUCACUUUUUUGUCUAGUAGUGAGAUUCCUAACAAGUCAGUGUGAAAACUCAAGAGCUGGGAAGGCUGAGGGGUGAGUUUUGGAAACCUGAUUUUAAAAGGAAGCAGAAUGGUCAACAGUGUCGUCCUGGAGACCUGGGCUCCAGACCUGAUGAUCUGGAAGAGGCAGCUGAAGAGGACUGGCCCUUCAAAUCAUUCUGCAUGUUGGAACGACAGUAUUUCUGCAGACUUUACCUGGAAUAUGGAUUAAAUUCUGAAUAUUAAAAGGAGAUGAUGACAUAAGUUUGACUAUCCUUAAAACUUACUCAAAUGGCAAGGUUUGCUUUUAGAAUGACUCUACAGAUGACUGAUGGUACCCACAACAGUUUGAUUCUUCCCAGUUUUACUUUUACAAAGAAGCUUAUUUUAAAAUGCCAGGGCAUCUGUCUCCUGGGCUGCAUUCCUUUCUGGAGCUUGGCAUCCUCUGUGAAUUUCUAGGUUUUCCAUCAAGAUUUGAUUUCCUCAGGAAAGCAUGCUCUGAAUUGUCAUCAGAUGAAGCCUGCUCUCUUCAGUGUGCCCUGUGAGAUCAAGGAAAAGGCAGGUCUCAAACUGGUUCGGCAACAAAAGAAUCCGGUAUAAAAAGAACAUGGGGAAGUUUCAAGAAGAGGCUACCACUUACACAGGUUCCUCUGGUCCCUUUCCAAUGACCAGCACCAGCGACACACUUAUCACCCUGCAGACACUGGCCUCCCUCCGGCCCGCCCCUGGGGAAGGCAGCCUUCUGGGCCAGGCCAGGGGCGGCUGGCAGGUGAGGCGAAUGUCGACCGCUUCACCUAUUGGAGACCCCGGCAGGGUCACUUCAAACGCAUCUAAUUAAGUGUUGGGAUGAGCAGAAAAGAGGACGGUGCGACCUGCCUUGGUUCCCUGGAAUUCAUGUUUCCUCAGAAAACCCAGAACUGACAGCAGACAGCGCUCCCUGAGCUGACGGCAGGCGACACCGGUACCAUCUUUUGCUUGUCAGCUGGGGUUUGAAAUGGGCUGAGACACUGCUCGUUCUGCCAACUCCAUUUGGUGUUUUUUACAGUAAUUUUAUGGUUAAGGCUGAAUUGUUUCUUCCAGGACUUGGCACAAAUUCUCCCAUUACAGUUUUGGACCGAUUUUAAUUUCGAUGUCGUUCACUCCCAGAUUUGUUCCUGCCGAUGGCUGACCGCGCAGGUGCAGGGCUGCAGCUGCGCAGUUGGGCGGGUUGUUACUCUGUUUGCUCGUUUGUCCAUCCGUGUGCCAACUCGCCCAGACGCUGCCUUCCACACUCUCUUCUGCUGUGUCGUUUCAUGCGGUUUUGAUUUAAGUCUGUUGUGAGCUCAGAAUUUUACUGGGAAUUGGUUUGGCACCUUUUUCCGUUAAUACAAGUUCUACCAUUUUCAGCUGAAAUGUCGUUAAAGAUGAUAAACUUCCCAAGCACUUUCCUGCAUCCGUGCUCUUGAAAUCCUGCUGGCCCAAGGCUUGGCGCUGCAAGUCCCCCGGCUCCUGGAUGCCCCUCUCUGUCUCCUCGCCCAGUUCCUCCUCUGCUUCAGCCUUCGGGUGGGACCUUCCCUCUGUCUCCUCCUCUCUUCCCCUCACCGGGAAUGAAGAUGCUAGAGCUGGGCUGUUGGGAGAAUUAAAUGAACCUGGGCUCAGGACAGCUCGGGGCCCUGAGCAGGUGCACUGUAUCUGCCCGUCAGUCAGUGUCACCACGGCCCUAACCCCGCACUGUCAGCUGCCACCAUGACCAGCAUCUGAGCUUCUGUCCAGAGUGUUUCAUCUCUGGACACAGAGUGUUCUGACUCCCGUGCACCUCCACACCAGCUCCGCCCAGAUCCUGGCCAGCUGGAUGCGUCACCGUUCUCCCGGUUCUUGGGCCCCCAUGCCCGAGAGGUCCCUCUGUCCUGUCUCCAACCCCCGCGGGUGUCACCACCGUGGCGCCGACACCCUAGUGAGGGUUGCAGACAGGAAACGAGGUGCGGGAGUGAGGGUCCGCUGGGUCACAGCCAUGCAGCACAGCGGGGUCCCAGCCUGCACCCCGAAAGACUGAGCACGGUGGUCUCCUGGGAUCAAAGGACCUCUGCCCCCCACCCCUCUGGCUUCCAUCCCCCCUGCACAUCUGCCCAUCCCAACCCAUCACACCCACGGGCCUCUGGGCAGCAGCCGGCUGCUCUCACCUGGCCUGUCACCACACUGCCCUCCACGUCUCCAUUUCUGUUGCUUUCAAGAACCAAGAAAUGGAUAUCUAAGGCGGGUGAUACAACCUCAGCCAACCGUGUCCAGGCCCUGGCCUCUUCUCCACCGGCACCCACUGCACGCUAGUCCUCAGGGUGACCUGCCAAGACGGUCCGCGGCGGUCUGGGUGUGCCCCUGCAGACGAGCCCCCGCUUGGCACACCAUGCUUCUCUCUACCCGAUGCAUCUUGCACUGGCCACUGCCUCUGUGUCCGGGAGGAUCUUCCUCCAGGGAAUGAACUGCCACGGCCGGAGCCCCUCAGCCCCAGUGCUGGAUAUUUUAGGUAGCUCCCAUGUUUGCAGCCCUGUGCCCGCGACGCCCCUCAGCUCGAGUCUCUUUGGUGCUGUUCUGCGAGCCCGCCCGCAGCCUGGCUCUCUGCACGGUUGGCGCUUCUUUUCUUCCCCUCACUGCCUUGCAAACCUUCAGGGCGGGCAGGGGACAGCCAUCAGGACCUCCCCCUGCAUCUGCGACCUUUCCACUGAGCCCUCCCAGCUGCUCUUCACCCUAUCCCUGCCAGCAGGAGCUGUUAGGAUGCUGGGCAACCCCAAACCCACAGCCUGGGGGGUCUCGGUCAGUCGAGGCUGUUGUAGAGCCCACCCUAAAGGCGACCCUGUCCCCAUGAGCAGUCACUCCCCAUUUCCCGUCCUCAGCCCCUGGCAACCACUCAUCUGCUUUCUGUCUCUGUGGAUUUGCCUGUUCUGGACAUUUCAUAUACAUAGAACCAUACAUGCGGCCUUCCGUGUCUGGCUUCUUUCCCUCGGGAUGUUUUCAAGGUUCACCGUUUUAUAUAUAGCAUGUGUCAGGGCUUCAUUCCUUUUGACAGCCAGCAUCCCAUUGGGGACCGUGCCUUAAGACAAGGCCUUAGGGAGGUGAUUGAGAGAGCGUGCCGAGGUGCAGGGUGGGCGCUGCCCGAGGUACCCACAACAGUGGGAGGGCGAGAGGUGCCAGCCCUGGGAAGGGGCCAGGCCUGGUGUGAGCAGGGGGCACCCCAGGGGGACUAACAUCUUCACGAUCCGCCGCUACUGCGUCGAGAACAGACUGCAGGAAAGGGGGGUCCGAGGGUCCUGCGACCUCCCAGCUGGUGGCCACAUGCAGGCAGGGGUGGUUAGGGUCGGGGGACGUGAGUGAAGGUAGACCUGCAGGACCUGCUGCUGAGUAGGAAUGGGGUGGUCUGAGCCACAGGAAGACUGGACGGGGACAUCACGGAGGGAAGGUAGCUCAGCUCUGGUCUGACAGGCUUGGGGUGUGCACGCAACUAGACAUCGGAGUCUUGUUCAGGAUAGAAGUUUGGAAGUUGAGAGAGGCCAGAAUAUGGGACAAAAACCAAGACAGGAUGUCACGGAAGCCAGAAGGACAGAUUUCAGGAGCAGAAAGUGAAGGUCCACCAACAUGGAAAAAUGACUGCCAGACUGAGCAGCCUGGGUUCAGUGGAGCAAUGGGGCCACCGAUUAGUUCAAGAGACAAUCAGCGACUCGGAGGAUCAGAGAGCACAGUCAGCUCUCCAGGAGACUCGCGGCAAAGGGGUCGCCAGAGGCCGUGCGGAGAAACUGAGGCAGUGCCGCGGAGAGCUGCCGGGUAGGUCCUGUGGGAGCAAGAGGGUGGGAUGUGCCACGGCAGGUCGUGUGGACACUGGAGAGGAGGUGGAGAGCGCGGUCCCAAAGGAAAUAGACAAAGCAGCAAUUUGCGGGUCCCAGGUGGCCCUGGAGCCUCCCGCUCACUUGCGCUCUCUCGUGGCUGUGGCGUGAAUGCGGCUCGUGGUUGGCUCGGCCGCCAGCUUCUGGCUGAGUCCCUUGGAGGUUUGGUUUGCUUGUUUGUUUCGGUUUUCUAGCGGCACUGCCCGGCAUGUGGGAUCUCAGUUCCCUAACCAGGGAUCGAGCCUGGGCCCCCUGCAGUGGAAAGCGCCCAGUCUUAACCACUGGACCGCCAGGGAAGUCCCUCUUGGAGGGCUGUAAUUUGAGGAAACUCCCUAGGUCAAAUUCUGCGCGUAAAGUCACACUACACCAGCAUUUCAUACUGCAUUAUUCAAAAAAAUGCCUAAAAUGUGGCCCCACGACACUAAUCGAGCUAUUAAGGACCACAAGAGCGCGGAGGAGUCACCUGGCACCCCCUGACACCACCCUGCUGGCAGAGUGGGUGCUGAUGGUACCUCCAUGCAACGGGUGGGGACACUGAGGCACAGAGGCUUCGUGACCUGUGCCCCAGGCUCCCAUUUAGGAGAGAGACAGGCAGAGCCAAGGCUGUGAGCCCGAAGGCAGUUCUGGGGAGAGUAUGGCUGCUCGAGAUGGCAAUCUUCUAGAAUCCAUUAAUAUUAAAAAUGCACACACCCUCUCCCUCAUCAGUUUUCCUUCUAAGAAUUCUUCUACAGGUACAUGCAAAUGAAUGCAAAGUGAUGCAUUUCCUGCCACAUUUUUUUGUAACUGCAAAAAAAAUGAAAAUAAAUGUCUGUCCUUUGGGCACUGUUUAAAUCACGCUGUUCAGCCCUGCAGUGGAAUAGCAUACAACCGUUCAAAAGACUGAAGUAGCUCGUCUCCACAAUGCAUUAAUGUAAAAAGUAGGAAGGAUAACCAUUUGUGUCCAUUUUUGAAAUGGGGGUGGGUGGGGGUAUCCAAGUAUCUCUGGAAGGAGACGCAGGUCACAGCAGUGGCCACUGGGGAAUGAACCAAGGAUCCGGUAGUUGACAGGGAAGCGAUCUCUCAUUUCUCUGUAUACCCUUGGGCAGUCUGCAGUUUAGAAAUCCCUGAAGCUUGUGCUGGGAGAGCAGCAGGAGCCCUUGGAACACUGACCACUGCCCUCAGCCAGUCCUGCUCAUUACUCAUUAUUCCACCCUCCCCCUCCCCCUCCCCCUCGCCCUCCCUCCUCUCCCCCUCCCCCACGAAUCUGUGGCUUGGAAGUUCAUGAUCAGGGCCCCACGGGAGGGGGAUCUGGAAACCACCACACAGGGAGAAGAAAGUGGAGGUGGAGUGAGAGGUCCAGCUGCUGUGUCCCAUCACCAUCCACCAGAGGCCGCUGUGGCCCUGCAGCGAGUGCAGAGCUAGAGGCUGGAGACCUACCUCUCUUGGGCUGGAGACCCAGGGAUAUAAGACCCCCUCAACUUGUAGCUGUCGGGUCCAAGGGCCGGGCUCAGGGCAGGAAAUGAGACCUCCACCAUUACUUUUUUUUUUUUUUUUAAAGAAGAUGUUGUUGGUAGGAGUUUAUUAAUUUAUUUAUUU